AUGUAUCGCUCCCAUAGGCCCUGUAAGGCGCGCAAAGUGAAAUGCGGGGAAGAAAAGCCCGCCUGCUUGAAUUGCCGCCGACAGAACGAGAAAUGCGAUUACAGCAUCCGCCUCAACUGGGGAGGUCGCACCCGGAGGAGGUCUUCGGUCGGCUCGCCCGGCUCCCAAUCCAGCUCGCCGUCCGGCCAUCUACUCCUCACCCUGUCCCCGUCCGAUUCCAGCCAGUCCGACCUGCAGCCGAUGCGACUGCUUAAACCCGCGGGGUUUCUGGAUGCAACCAGCUCACCAAGCGCGUCGGCUGACGGUUUAUCAUGGGAUAUUGAAUUGACGGGGGCAAUGACGAUAGAGUCAUCGUAUCCUAGAGGUCUACAUGAUAUCCAAGAACCUUCGACUGCCCCAGGCCAGUCGCUCCAUAAUUCCAUCGACCGUACAAGUGACCAGAAUCUAGUAGACACGCCAUCACAGUCUCUUCAGGAUAUGCCCGUGUCGUGGUCUUCCCAUCACCCCAUGACGGAAUCGAGCGAAGCGAUUCCACAUUUCUCCUCGUCGGUCCCUAACGAAAUCUAUUCAACGUCUGGUCCAACCUCCGGCAUGGGCCAUUUGGCUGCAUUCGACUUGUCCACAGCAGAAAUCUCGUUCCCUCAACAGGAGCAUAACCCCGCCUUCAUGCACCAUUCAUCGCGGGGCCAUCUUUUGGAACAAGAGAACUACGCACCCUAUUCGUCUCCGCCAGACGCCAGUAGCAUCUACGCUUCGUACGACUCGCACAGCCCGUCGAAUACCACUGACGCCAUCUCCCCGCACUCGGGGAACUCACAGAUGGUUUCUACCGGGAUGUCCCCCAAUCUACUCAACGUAUCCAGCGAUACACCUGCCGUCUCGGAUGACUUUCUCAACAGGGUGAUGAACGGACAUCUCGCGUCUGAUCGUCAGCCGCAUGGUCACCCUAGCGACAGCGUAACUUCCCUGCAUCCGACAGUCCCGCCUGCUCGAGAAACCGCUGGCCCGGAUGGACCCCCAAGCCCGGCGAAGAAGUGGCACGCAUAUCUCACCAGUGUCACUGAUAAUUACGGACUGGACAGUGGUCGCCCUGAUCUGGACCUCAACAAGAACGACGACCACUCGGCCAUCGACAUCAACUAUGCCUUGGAUCUGAUCAAUUCCCAGGCGGCCACGUCUCUGUCCGCAAUGAAAUCCGAGGGAUUCCCCAGCAGGAACGCUCAGCUGGAUGGGACGAAAUACAAAUACUACUCGUCGCCCGUCCCUAUCAAUAUCCCGCGAUAUCUAUCGCCUUUACCCUCCACCUUGGUGCAAACGCCUAUCAAUUUGAUGUACUUUCACCACUUUCUCAACCAUACGGCCAAGAUGCUGGUCGCUCAUGACUGUGGGAAGAACCCUUUCGUUUCCGUGCUGCCAACAAUGGCGAUCGGAGAUUCGAAUCUCUUGAACCUGAUGCUUGCAUACUCCGCCAGCCACCGUGCCCGAUAUCUCGACCACCCAGAACCGGCAAACCGGAUCGCGCACUGGGUCAGCAACGUGUUCCCGGCGCUGCGCCUCGCACUGGAGGACCCCCGCGAGAAGGUCACCGACAGCCACCUCGCCGCCGCGAUCAUGCUUCUCUCCCUGAAGAUCAUCUCGCCCAGUACCUUCGAAGUGCCAAUCCCGUGGCAGAGCCACCUGAAACUGGCCCGCGACCUCUACAUCGCGCGCAAGAGCCAAAUGGCGUGCCCUGGAAACCCCGUGGGGGCAUUUCUCUCCCGCUGGCUCGGCUACCUCAACAUUAUGGGGACGCUCUCGUGUCGACACAGCGACCCGCCGCUCCUAGACUACUACUCGGUGCUGAAUACCUGCUGCGCCGACGUUGCGCACGACGCGUUCAGUGUCGACUGCUUCACUGGCUUCACGCCGCGCACGGGACUGUUCCUGAUGCGACUGGGACAGCUGGUGCACCGGUGCGAUAACGAACGGUUCGACGUGGAGACGGGCGCCCUUAGGUCCGGAUGGAAGCCGUCGCCCGAGACGGUCGCCACGGCGGAGGAGUUGAUGGCUGACCUGGGAAUGCUGGAAGCGCAUGCGCACGCCGACCCAACGCACUUCCCCGACGCGGAGGCGACGGGCAUCGUGGCUAUAGAUACGGCGUUCCGGUACGCGGGGCUGUUACAUCUGCACCGACGCGUGCUGAAUACGCCGCAGGAGUCGAGCCCGGUGCAGGAGGCGACCGCGGCGCUCAUGCAAGCCUUGGGCGGAAUCCAGUCGUCCGACUCGGCAGAGGUGGCGGCGUUGUUCCCGCUGUUUACGGCGGGAUGCGAGGCGCAGAAGCCGGAGCAGCGGCAGGAGAUCCAGCGACGGUUCGAAGCGCUGGAUGGGACAGGGAUGAAACAGAUUCAGAGUGGGCGCCGCCUGAUCGAGCGGUGCUGGGAGGAGAAUCGGCCGUGGAUUGCAUUGGCGCGGGGCGAGUUUCUGGGGUAG